AUCCUCCAAAUAAUCCUCAAGACAAUAAUCCUCAAGACAAUAAUAGUCCUCCAGCUAAUAACAACCCAGAUAAUCAAAAUACGCCAGAGGCGAAUAAUCCUAACGAAAACGCAAGUCCUCCUGUUAAUAAUAAUAUUGUAAAUCCACCCAAUGCACCUGCAUUACUGCCUCCGGACUCAGAGACUCCACAGAAUCCUCAAGAUCCUCAGGAUCAAGAUAAAUUUAAAUCAAAAGAUGAUCCAUUAGGUCUUAAAUCUAAUAACUCACAAAAUAACACUGAAAAUGCAACUGGUUUAAACGGUUUUGAUCCAACGAAAACAAACGAUCCUUCAUCAGGUACAGGUUCUUCAAUAUCACCGACAAUUGGCACGGGGAAUCCAGGAAAUCCGCUGGAUCCAAGUUCUCCAUAUCAUAUACCUGCUAUGAUUGGCAUUGUUGUAGCAAUUUUUAUGGCAACAUUUGUUUUAAUUGUUAUAUUAAGGAAAAUAUUUUCAGAUACGUCGAAAAAAUCUCGUUAUCAACGAACAUAUUCAGUGGAUGUGGGUAAACUAAAUCAACAACAAGAUGCUAUGACAGAUCAUAGUUUACCUCAAUGGUCUUCAAAUAACCACAUUGAAGAAAUAAGAGCACCUUCUCCAACUAUUACUAUUACUGGAGGAUCAUCUCUCCUUCCAAAUUCUCAAUUAAUAGACAUUGAUUUAAAUGAAAAUGAAAAUAUAUCUACAACACAAACAAAUGAAAAUAACAUUAAACCUAUAGAUUAUAAUGAGCUUGUAAAAAGAUCAAGUUUAUUAAGAUAUUAUGCUAAAGAUUUUGAUGAUGAUACAGGAGAAGAAAAUAAUAACGAAAGGGCUGAGACUGAAUCUGAAAUUAGUAGUGCUUAUGGUUUACCAAAACAACUCGACAAAAUUGUUACUUGGGAAGAAUGUAUGAGAUAGAAAAUAAAAAAAUUUUAAUUUUUAUAAAUCAUCAAUGGACAUUCCUUUAAUUCUAG